AUGCCUAACCCUAACUCCUGCGGAAUGGUGGCCCAUCGGCUCCCAAACGGAGCACACAACCAGUCCGCUGGAAACACGCAGAAGAGAGAAGUCGAGAUCGGAGAUCCCUGGAUCUUCCCUCGGGAGAUGCACCCCUUUGCCAUUCGCUGGAAUUUCGAGAGCUCACAUGCAGGUGGACCUCCAGCCGGCCGGGACGAAGCUAAACCGUUGGAGGCAGCUGGAUAA